UAUUCUGUUGACGUGGCGUGAGCAGUUCAACAGUAGCUAGCAGGCAGGUACCAGUUUACUAACCAAAGGCAAGGUGAGAGAGAAGACAAUCCCGUGGAAGUAUGGAUAUGACUCAGGUCAACUGAUUGAUCGGUGUCAACCUUCUUCAGGUAAAGGGUUAAGGAUACCUUGAUGGUAUUCCGGAAGAAUAUGCUGUACAAGUUCAGGAUUUGUUACUCAAGCCUAUCCCUGCUCUUCCCAACACAGUGAAGAAAAAAUGUCCAGUAGAAACCAGCUCUAUGGGUUCCAGUCAGCCUCCAUAGUGCAGCCUGCCAAUGGCGGCCAUGCCUAUUUGUUUGGAAACAAUGGCUCAGAGAAUGACCUGUCAGAGGAGGAUGGGGAGAGCUGUGAGCUGCGGCCACGUGGCAGAGAGAGGCUGCGGAGGAGCACCUCCAGAGAAAAGAUGGAGGAUAUCAUCUACCUGACCAGAGAUAUCCAGGAGGGUGACACCCUGAACAGCAUUUCCCUGCAGUACCAUUGCUCAGUGGCUGAUAUUAAGCGUGCAAACAACCUCUUGACAGAGCAGGACUUCUUUGCCCUGCGGUCGGUCAAGAUUCCUGUGAGGCGCUUUAGCGUCCUCACUGAGACUCUCAGCACUGGACCUCUCCCGUCUGCCUCCCCCUCAGGUGGGAGGCGCCUGCCCCAGAUCUCAACCGUUACCUCACUCCCCUCUGAGUCCUCCACAGACUCUUCUUCUUCCACCGACAGUGUGGAAGGAUUCCUCUUGGAGAAGGACAAGGACAUUGAACGGCUGGUGAAAUCCACAGGUCCGUCUCGGAGCAGUCUGAAUGAGGUCGUGUCCUCCUUAACGCUGCAGCAAACGCAGCCACUGCUAGGAGAAGUAGAGUACAAACCAGCACAGAGAAAGGACCCUUAUUAUGGAGCAGACUGGGGCAUGAGGUGGUGGACAGCUGUGGCCAUCAUGCUGGUCGUUGGUAUUGUCACACCUGUGUUUUAUCUGUUGUACUAUGAGGUUCUCAUGAAAACUGACGUCAGCCAUCAUGGCAUUCCUACACAAGCUAAUGUCAACAUGCGUCCUGAAGAUCACCAUGGCAAUAAUAAUGGUGACCUUGCUGUUGGAGAAGACAAACAUGCAGGGCCUGGCCCUGGAUACCUUGAUGGAAAUGUGGGUAAUGGAGAUCAACAGGGACCCGGUGGGGACAAAGCAGGAGACAGAGAACACGGAGGACAUGAGAAAACAUAACAAGGGAUUCUACCUUUACAUACAAAUUUGUUGCUUACUCAGAGACCUAAUAAAACUGGGUGGAUGUUCCCAUUUUGAGUAGUUUUUAUAGACUUUAUACAUCAAUGCAAUCUGUCUGGUUUUCAGGAAUAGGACUAGAAUAAGGGUGUGGCCACAGUCGUCCCUUGUCUGUUCAUUUACAUUUAUAUACUUUUCAAGUAGAGCUGUAAGUAUUAAUUGAUUAAUCAAUUAGUUGUCAACUAUUAAAUUAUUAAAAUAAUCGGCAGCUAUUUUGAUAAGCCAUUGUCAGAAAAAAAGUCCUAAUUUUCAGAUUCCAGCUACUCAAAUGUACAUUUGAGGACGUCAUCUUGGACUGGUCUGGGCUAAUCACAAAAAUGAUGGACAGAUUAAUCAAUAAUGAAAAUAAUCCUUAGUUGCAGCCCUAUUUUCAGUUAUAAAUGGGCGGAAAAGAUGCUUGGCUGAAAUGUUUCGAAUGAUGGAUUUAUUGUUAACAAUCAAUGUACCCAAUAGAAUGUUUGUUAUCGUCUAUGCUGUUGCAUUCUUUGUAAGCUACCCACAAACUGUGUCCAAAGAUUUUGAAAACAAGCCGAGACAGACAAGCAAUUCUGUUUAUUCAGUGAUGCGACCAGUGGUCACACCCUAAGAGAUUCAUUAAUUUUGUGGAUUUGGUUUUAAAGCAGUUCUUACUGUUUAAUCAAACUGUAGAAAUUUUUUGCCAUGUUAGAAAUGGUGUCCAAUGCUGUUUGUUGGAAAGGUAUGAUUACUGCCUUUGUGUUUAAUAUAGAAUUAAUUUAUUUCAAGACUAUUGAACAUUAGCCUUUAUUUACACUAUCAGUAUUUGAGACAAGUUGAAUUAGGUUUAUGGAUUUCCAUGAAAGUUGCUUAAUAUCUUUUGCUUUUAGCUUGCCUGUUUGUCAUUCCAAAAAACCUCGAAGAGCAUGGUGAGGAAAAUGGGAAAUGCACAAUAUUCCCACAAUGACUCAUACUCAUUAUGUGAAAUUUUACACUUUGUUAUAUAGCCCUUUUAUUUUAUCACUGUGAUACUUCAUGAAAAAGCAUUAAGUGUUGUUGACAGUAUGUGCCUUUCAACCUGUGGAAAUGUGCUACAGGCUGAAAAAUAAAUACAUCUAUUUUGAAUAAAUUAUUGCCAGUGUGCACAUA